CCCGGUGCUAUGGCGGCUCCCGAGUGGCCGGAGGUCGGGCAGGCGCUGGCGGAGGGCCGGCGGGAGCUGGUGGUGCGGGGCCGGCGGCCGGAGGGCGACGAGCUGGACCCGCGGCUGUACGGGCUGGCGGCGCUGCAGCACCUGGAGCUGAGCGGGCUGGCGGCGCUGCGCGGCCUGGGCCCCGGCCUGGGCGGCCUGCGGGCGCUGCGGAGCCUGGUGCUGAGCGGCGACGGGCUGCGGGCGCUGCCGCCCGAGCUGGGCGACCUGGGCGGCCUGCGGCUGCUCGACGUCUCGCACAACCAGCUGAGCGCGCUGCCCGCCGCCCUCGGCCGCCUGGCCGAGCUCGGCAGCCUCAAGGCCGGCCACAACCGGCUGCUCGGCCUGCCGCCCGAGCUCGGCCGCUGCUCCCGCCUCGCCCACCUCGACGUGUCGGACAACCUGCUGCCCGAGCUCCCGGCCGCGCUGCUGGCGCCCGGCCUCCCCCUCCUCAGCGUCCUCAGCGCCGCCCGCAACCGCAUCGAGCAGCUGGGCGGCGGCGUCAGCGACCUGCGGGGCCUGCGGACUCUGGAUCUAUCAGACAACAACCUCUCGGAGAUUCCCUGUGAGCUCGCUGACUGUCCCAAGCUGAAAGAAAUCAACUUCAAAGGAAACAAAUUAAAAGACAAACGACUAGAGAAAAUGGUAAAUGGUUGCCAGACUAAAUCAAUCUUGGACUAUCUGAAGGCAGGAGGCCGUGGAAAGGGGAGAGGGAAGGCAGACAGCAGUGAGAAAAGUGAGAACAAGGAGAAAGCAAGGAAGAAGAAAUCUGUGAAGAGAGAUGAUGCUGAGGAAUCAGAUGGAAUGGAGGACCUGAACAAGCUGGUGUUACGAGUGCUGCACGUUUCGGAAAGUCCUUGCACCGUGUCAGUGAAAGUCACUCCCAAUGUCAAGGAUGUGAGGCCUUACAUUGUGUGUUGCAUUGUGGAAGGAAUGCAGCUGAGGCCAGGAAAUGCAUUGAAGCGAUUCCUCAUGGCUCAGACCAAAUUGCAUGAUGAUGUUUGUCUUAAAAGAACAUUGGCAACUAUUGCCACUCAUGAUCUGCAGCUGGUGAAAGGACCUUUGUUGUAUGAUGCCAGACCCUCCCAUUCCUUGAAGAUUACCCCACUUGGAAGGAAGGAGGUUAAGGCGGCUGAUCUGGUGCGACAGUUACAGAUGGAAGCUGACGAGCAACGAAAGCAGAAGAAGCGGCAAAAUGUUUCUGGGCUUCACAAAUAUCUCCAGUUACUGAAUGGGAAAGAGAAUUUUCCCUGUUUAGUCGAUGCGGAAGAUUGCGUGAUUUCUUUUCCACCAAUCACAAACAGUGAUAAAACCAAGAUCAGAAAAUCCACAAGUCAGUUGUUCCUGGAAGUAACCAGUUCUGCCAGUCUGCAGGCCUGCAAAGAAGUGAUGGACAGCUUGAUUAUGCGAAUGGCGGAAUUGAACAAAUUCACCUUUGAAAAUCAGGAACAGGAGUCUUUAUCGGGUGACGAGACUGAAGUGGCAAGUGACAGCACUGCAGCUCUGGAUCCCACAGUUGACCAGACCGUGACGAAGGCAGCCACUCCCGAACUGACAGUGAAGCAAGUGCGUGUUGUCGACAUAGAUGGAAAUCUGAAGGUGGUUUACCCAGCCAAGACUGACUUAAACUUGAAUGUCAAUUGUGUGACUAUUAUCCGAUAACUCCCACACGAAAUUUCUUGGAAGAGGUGUUAAACAAUGCCUCAUCUGGUCUCUCGAGUGGAUGCAAAAUAUCCCCUUCAAAGAGGAACAAGGGAGUUAUCCCCAAUGACCUGACCAAUAUUUGACUCUCAAUUAACCUUUCUAAAAGGACCAAUAAUCUGCUCAUUAUGGUGUUGGUGCUUGAGGAAAUUAUCCAUCGUGUUUCAUCUACUGCUGCUGUGUUUAUACAGCAGAAAUAUCUACUUCUGUAAAGUGCUUUGUGGUGAAAAGAGCAAUGGAUAUGUGAUUUUUUUUUCCCGUGUGGGAAACAAGUACAUGCUGCCUUUUCCAUUGAGGCCUCUGUCCAAUAAUGAAUCAAAGAAACCUUCUUUGAAAAUUUGAAAAGAAGCUUGAACUAUUUGUUAUAUUUUUCCUGCGUUUUGUUUUCACCUGCUUCCUUUUCUGUCCUGAAGGUGCAGGUUUGGCUGGAAUACAAUUUCAGGAGCUGUGUGGUAGUUUGCCUGAGUGACCACCCAGUACUCAUCCAGUACCAUGGGUGCAACAGGACGAGAGCCUUGAGACAAACUGACCUGCAGCAUACCUACCCUGCUCUCUGAAAGGUGAACGUCAGCUGAAGCAUGACAUGUUACAACGGAGGGGCAGCUGGUCAGUGCCCACAGACAUGAGGGGAAGGAAGGAGGGAGGGAAUCAAGAUUAGACCAUGAAUACAAUGUGUCAAGACUGUUGUACAGAAAAUAUUAAGUGAACAGUGAAGACAUAAUCUGUUGACCCAAGCAAAGUAUUUUCAAGAAAAAAAUUUCUGUUCCAAUUUAGCCUCCAGUUUGUGAAGGAAACUUUUUUUGAAAUUUCAUCCCAUAAGUUCAUUGCAAGAACGUCACGUGUAGUGCUUUGGAGAUUGCCUUUCUAUUGAGCUGUGCCAUUAGUCUGAAGCUUCAGUAUUUGAGGGUGUUGUGGAGAAGUUGAUUUGGAGAGAGGGAGGGCAUGCUCUGGAAAGGAUGUGUGUGUGGUUAGAGCAGGGGCGGCUGUGUAAAAGUAAAUCCAUUCUGAUUUGCUGUACCUCGUGGAAUGGUGGUGUUCACUAACAUCUGAAAUAAAAACUAGCA